AUGUACCGUGACGCACGGCGGGCGGAUGCGUCGCCGGUGGUUGGGUCCCCGUUGCGUGGCGCAUGGGCGUCGCGCCCGCCGCUGACGCUCAGCGACCCGCUCGCGCAGAACACCACCGGUCACGAGAGCAACAACAGCAUCAGCAACACAGAGGAGGACUAUAUGCCACCUGCCUCUAUCUCUAAUUAUUCCCCGUCCAGUCGCCUCACUGCGAAUACCGCUGCUGUGGCUACUACUACUACUACUACUGCUACUGCUGGUGCUGUUGUUGUUGCUGGCGGCGGCGGCGGCGGCGGUAGUGACGACAGCGACGAGUCGAACUUCAAAGUUGUGAUUCGCGUGCGGCCACCGGUGCCGCGCGAGUUGGACGGCUACCGCCCGUACGUGGACGUGGUGCGCAUCCCCAAGGAGAGCCGCUCCAUCACGCUGUGCGAGACGCUCGACUCGGACGACGGCCGCGGCGGCGUCUACUCGCGGCAGAGCUUCACCUUUGACUACGUGUACGGCCAGCACGCGCAGCAGCGCGAGGUGUACGAGCGCAGCGCCCAGCCGGCGGUGAUGUCGGUACUGCAGGGCUACAACGCCACCCUCAUGGCGUAUGGCCAGACAGGAACGGGUAAGACGUACACAAUGGAGGGUUUCACCAGCGAGGACCAGCGCGGCAUCAUCCCACGCGCCAUUGAGGAGGUCUUUGCGUCCAUCGACGUGGGCCGCCACGAGAACAUGCGCUUCCUGGUGCGCGCGUCGUACAUGCAGAUAUACAAUGAGGUCAUCUCAGACCUGCUGAAGCCGGCCANACGAGAACAUGCGCUUCCUGGUGCGCGCGUCGUACAUGCAGAUAUACAAUGA